AAAAAAACACUGGAAAAGACAACCUGUUACUUUAAAAUCAGCACUGAGGAGUUCCUACUGUGUGCAUGUGGAGUUAGAGCAGAAACACUGCAAAGAGCAACCCAAGAUGAAGGCAGAUCCAUCCAAUGAAGAAGUCACUCAAGAAACAGUUGUGGGAAGCACUGAAAAAACAGAAUUUGCAGGCAGGAAUGUUGGCAUAUCCUUUGAAAAGAAGAAAAAGUGUUUCCAGAGGAGAAAGGAAGCAAGGUAUCAGAAAUAUGAAGAGAAACCCCACAGCUUCAAGUCCAAAUGAGAUAUUCCUCAAAAAUUACUUCUGUCCUGAUUAAUUUGCUAAAAAUAGAUCAACAUCUUCCAGUAAAAACUCUCUAUUAAAAAGAUCCUGGCCAGCAAAUGUAUCACAACUUGUGCCUGUGCAUGGCUUCCUGUUUUCCAAAGGCCUCCACAAAACCUUCUGCUUUGUUUCCCACAGAACUUAUUCCAUGCAUGUUUUAGAUGCAUUUUUUCCAUGGGUAGAAGAAGCUGGGACACACCCUCAAUGGGGAAACACUAGGCCUGUUCAUUGCCAUCUGAUUUCAAAAGGCUUUCCAGCCCUAAUGGGCUGGUGGGAUUUUUCCUGCGUGGUGGUGUUUCUGUGUUUAGCAGCGUGUGCCCUGUGCUGGAACGGCCAGUGUGGCCCUUGGGGAGUGUGGUAUGAAGAGCCAUGUGGCAGCAUUAAAUUAACUGAUGGGAAAAGAGCACUUACCUUUGCUGGAUGGCAUUUGAAAUUUCUAACAUAUUGCACAAACACGAAUUACCCUUUGCACUCCCUGAAAAGAUAAAAACUGCUGCUCUUACAAAGCUAGGAGGGGGUAAAGAGCCAUGAUACAGUUACUACUGUUUCUGUCUCUCUUCCAGAUCAUAGGAUGAUAGAAUGGUUUGGGUGGGAAGGGACCUUAAAGAUCAUCUAGUUUUAAGCCCUCUGCCGUGGGCAGGGAUGGCACUCACUAGACCAGACUGCUCAGGGCCCCAUCCAGCCUGGCCUUGAACACUUCCAGAGAUGGGGAAUCCACAGCCUCUCUGGGCAACCUGUGCCUUACCACCCUUGCAGUCCAGAGACAGCUUAAGGCCAUACCCCCUAUCCCUGCCUGCCUUGGGAAAAGUCCCUCUCCAGCCUCCUUACUGACCCCCUGAAGGUACUGGAAGUUACUGUAGAACUCCUAAAAGGUCAACAACGAAAAGGAGUCGGUUGGUUGUGACCGUUGGCUGUCAUGAGCCCAGUAAUCCAGAAUGUUGAGGGAUGGACCAAUCAGAAGGCUCUGGUCCAGGUGACACCAUAAGGCCUUGGAAUACCUAUGGCAGUUGGAGGGGCAGAGCAGUGGGAGGCCAGCGCAGCGGCAGGUCAGUGCAGCGUGUGCUCCUGUCUUGCUUCCCUCCUGUUCCCUUUUUUUGGCAUUGGCGUUGUUCAGUGGAAGUCGCCCAGGACCUUCUUGAGUCGGAAGAGGAACCUGAAGAAAUGAGUGCAAGUAUUCCUUUGAUGGACCUUCCCAGCUGUGAAGUCCACAGACUUGGAGAGAUCGCAGACCUCGUGAGCUCUGUUGGCCGCUCACGUGUUGGUAAGGAAAAGCUAGCCCUGGCCUUGAAAAAGGAAGGCUAUAUUCCCAAACUGCUGCAGCUUUUCCAAGUCUGUAAGAAUUUAAAGGACACUGAAGGCUUGCGUCUUUUGUUUGACAUUGUGAGAGGAAUUUUGUACCUGGAUGAAGAUGUUCUGUUUGAGGUGAUGUUUUCUGACGAGUGUAUUCUGGAUGUUGCUGGAUGCCUUGAAUAUGAUCCAUCUUUGGCUCAGCCAGAAAGCCUCAGGGAGUUCUUGAUGAAAACAGCAAAGCUUCAGGAAGUUAUUCCUAUAAGAGACCCUGAAAUAAGGCGCAAAAUCUGCCAGACAUCCAGGGCACAAUACAUUCAUGCCAUCAUCUCGCAGAAUUCAUCUGACUUAGAAGAGGAUUUUCUUUCUACCCUCACUGCAUUUAUCAGACGCAGCAAAGAGGAGAUUUUAAGAGUGUUGCAGAAAGAUGAGAUAUUUUUCUCUGAAAUUUUUGCAAAAUUGAAUGAUGAAGCUACAGCUGAUGAGCAACUACGUGAAUUGGUGAAGUUUUUCAGAGAAUUCUUUGCCUUUUCUUAUGCGUUACCUACGAAUAGAGGUGAAUUUCUCAACACUUUGGCAAAGUUUGAAAUUCUUCCAACUCUUGAAAGGUUAAUGGGAAUGAAUGAUCUGCAAGUAAGAUCUGUUGCUACAGAUAUAUUGUGUUAUGUAGGAUACUUUAAUCCUUUCAUGAUCCACGACUUUGUGCUGCAAGAGGCCCGUCAGAGUGACAAUAACAACCCACUCCUCAUUGUGAUCAUGGAGCAGCUGAUCAACAAUGCUGACCCUGGACUUGGAGCUGACAGUCUGCUAAACAAGAUUUUGCUUAUUCUGAUUGAUCCAGAGAAUAUGCGGGAACACGUUAGUAAUUUAGAAAUAUUCGAGUUUCUCGAUUUCUUCUACGACCGUUGCAUUCACGUUCUUACUGCCCCACUUCUGGCUGAUACAUCAGAAAAAUCCUAUGACAAAGAUGAUUAUCAAACAGCAGAAAUACUUGAUUCAGUUUUGGAGGUGCUUUCUUUUUGUGUGCGACGGCACAGGUAUCACAUGAAGAAAUAUGUUACAAGCAAAGAUCUGCUAAGAAGAGUCCUGAUAUUGUUGAAAUCCAAACACAAAUUUCUGGCCUUGUCUGCUCUUCGUUUUAUGAGGAGGAUGAUUGGCCUGAAAGAUGAUCUUUACAACCAGUACAUCAUUCUGGGAAACCUCUUUGAGCCAGUUGUAAAUGCUCUGUUGGACAAUGGGACUAGGUACAACUUGCUCAACUCUGCCUUGCUGGAGCUGUUUGAAUUCAUCCGGGUGGAAGACAUCCAGUCCCUUAUUGAACACAUAGUUGAGAACUUCUCUGACAAGCUGGACUCUAUCCAAUAUGUUCACACGUUCCAGGGACUGAAGGCAAAAUAUGAGCAAGAAAAAAGCUGUCAAAGCCAGACAUUGAACGGUGUCCCCUUCAUGUUGACUGGCAAGACAUUUGUCAGAGAUGAAACAGUCUCUGAGGCAGAUGAAGGACCCCGGGGCAGUAAAGUUGAAGAGGAGGCAGCUCCAGCUUCACCACAAAGCUCCAAUGUCUCCAAUGCAACAUCCACGCCCCUGACCACAGUGAUGUCACCUGUCAAGAGAUGUAUAUUUGAAAUAUUUAGUUUUACCGAUGAGGAUGAAGAGGAGGAGGCAUGUCCAAGGAAAAGAGCUCAUCUGGAUUCCUGAAGGAAAUGGAAACUUUGAAAUAAGGACUUUUAUGAUGGGUUUGAAAUGCUAUGACUGCUUAAUGUUAAAAUAUGGAACCAGCUGCAAUCCACCAUGUAGAUCACUUUUGAUGAUACGUUAUUAUAUAAUAAUAAUGUCAUAUCAUAGUAAUACAUGUUAGUAAUAUAAGUAAUAUAUAGUUAAAAUAUUAAUACACAUUUUUAUAUAUAAAAUAUAUAUAUAAUGGUUUUAAUUAAUAUAA